AUGUCAAUAAACACUAGCAGAGCUAGUAAAGAUGCUAUUUUAAUCAGCGAAAAUCAUCAUGAGAAGGGGCUUGACUACGUUAAUAUAAGUAAAUCAUCUGAUGACUCUGAAUUAAGCUUACACCAAGAUAAUAAUAUCAAGAUCAUUUCUGCUAAAGAUGCCGAUGUAACAGUCAGCUUUAUGAACAAAUAUGACCACAUUACACCUGAAAUUUCCCCUGAAGAGGAGAAAAGUCUCUCCAGAAAGUUGGUAUUAAUUGUUGUUCCUCUUUGCGCGUUAGUGAAUUUCGUUUUGUAUGCUGAUAAAGGUACGGCCUCCUACACUUCGAUAUUUGGGAUGUGGAAGGACACUAAUAUGAACCAAAAUAGAUACAAUAACUCCACUACUUUAUUUUAUGUGGGGUACAUUGUUGGACAGGUUAACUUAAUACUUGUGCAAAAGUUUCCAAUUGGUUACCUCCUCUCAAUUUUAUGUUUCGUAUGGUCCCUCCUAAUAUUCAUGCAUACCGUUGCUACAAACUAUCAAACUAUUUAUGCACUAAGGUUUCUACUUGGGUUCGUAGAAUCUAUCGCGGUACCGAUAUUAAAUAUUACUAUGGGCCAAUUCUUAAAUGCAAAGGAAAAAAGUUGGACUGCUUCACUGUUCUAUAUCACCUGUUUGGGAAAUGAUAUAGUCCUUGGGUUUAUAGCUUAUGGAUUACUACACGUUAAGGCUACAAUACGCAUUUGGAAACUUUUUAUGAUUGUUAUUGGUUCCAUAAGUAUACUAACAACAAUUUUUGUAAUUCUGAUUUAUCCAAACAAUCCCACUACAGCGAAAUUUCUCUCGGUAAAGGAAAGAGUGUGGGUGAUCAGAAGGGUGCAAAAAACAACAGGUUCUUCCAUAGAACAAAAAGUGAUAAAAAAACAUCAAGCAAUCGAAGCAAUUAGAGAUCCGGUUUCGUGGCUCUUUUGUGCUUUUUUCUUUUGUAAUCAAUUGUCUAACAAUUUGGUUUAUCAAGAAAAGUUAUUGUUCAAGGAAAUUGGCGUUUCUACAUUAGGGUCUACACUUGUAUCUGUUGCAUAUGGCGGUUUCGCAGUGAUCUGCGCAGUAAUUGCUGCUUUCAUAAUUAAACUCAGAAAUGAUUUUACGGCAUAUUCAGUUAUAUUUUGGACCAUAUUUCCUUUUAUAGGUAGUAUUGCAAUGAUCACUUUACCUUGGGAUAAAACCUAUGCGUUAUUGGCUAUGAUUAUAUUAUGCUCAACAAAGGGUGUUACUUGGAUAUUAAUGUUUUCCUGGACUUCAACAACCGUUUCAGGUUAUACCAAAAAGGUCACCAGAAAUGCGAUGAUUAUGAUAGCAUAUGGCAUAGCAAACAUUAUCUCGCCCCAAUUAUGGCAAGCUAGGAACAAGCCAAGAUAUUAUCCAGCUUGGAUUGUCCAGUUAGUCUUUUCGUUUAUUCUUGGGCCUAUUAUUGCCUUCUCAAUUAGAUACGUUUUAGCGAAGAGAAAUAAUGAAAGACUCUUACUAACCACCUCUUCUGAUGAACUUGAUUAUGGAUAUAUAAAAAACGAAGAUGAGGAGAGUGCUACAGUGCACAAGCAAAACAUCGCAGCUCUAGAUUUGACUGACUUUGAAAAUAGAAGAUUCAUAUAUCCCUUAUAG